GAUCUUUUUCAGAUUAAAAAUAAAAAAGGCAAAAUCUACAGUUGCCCCGAUAAAAGCCGAGAUAUCGGUUUCUUGGGCUCUGAGCGAGACGAGAAAAAAAGAAACGCAUGGAAGGAGGGGGGUCGAGAUUGGGCCGCGCAUCAUCGCGAUAUGGCCCAUCAGCGACCGCCGCCGUGUUUAACGGUCCGGUGAGGAAGUGGAAGAAGAAGUGGGUCCAUGUGGGCCCUUCUUCUUCUUCUACCGGUAACCACCAAAAUUCUCGCUCUAACGCCCACGCUCACAACAACAAUAACAACAAUUCUCGUCUCCUCCUUUGUCGGUGGACCCCUCUCUCUCCGUCAACUGCCACUGAUGGUGCCUCUUCCUCCUCCUCCGAGGAGCCUCCCAAACGGAAGUUCCGUUAUACUCCGAUUGCCGUACUUGAAGAAAGGAAAAAGGCAGCUGAAAAGGUUGAUAAUGAAGGUAAUGCAUCUGGGACUGACCAAUCCACAGCAUUGGAAACUCCCAAGAAUGAUGAACUAAAUAGUGACUCUGAUUUGAAGACAGAAAACCAGGAUUCAAAUAUGAGUAAUUUGGAUUUGGGUUUGUGCCUGAAAGGCCACUACAGUGACCACGAUUCUGUUGGUGAGAGCAAUGGGGAUCAAAUGAAGAAAGAAAGCUCAGGUGGCUUUUGGACACCCAGCUGACACCCAGCAGCUCCUUAAAUCAAAAGAAGCAUGGUGGUCAUCCUCUAGCAUUAAACAGUCCUACUAGGUGCCCAUUGUGGUGCCUAUAACCACAUAAUGCAGUUAUCAUUGUAGGAGCAUCUAUUGUUCCACACCUUGUAAUUAUUCGUCGGGCUCCAUGCGGAGUUUGUUGAUGAAUGUUUUUGAAGUCAAUUAAUGGCAUUUGUACAUUCACUUA